AAUGACACACUCUACGGUUUCUACGGCCUCACCCGGCCACGCCCCAAACCACACCCCCAGCCCUGCCUCCUUGUUGCCCUCGAUGAUGUCUCCCAGGGUAGCCCCAAACCCGCCCGUCACCACACCAGCUGGCUCAGGAAGCCUGACCCUAAUUACGCCUACUCCACCAAACACCUGCUCUACCAGCGCUCCCGGAACUGCGUCAAAACACCUGGGGUGCCCUCCUCCUGUUCCUCCCCCUCGCCCCCCGCCCGCUGUGACCUGGCCAAGGCUAAGGGUGGUACGCUGGGUGGAGGGGGGUGUGGGGGCUGGGCAUUCCCCCCUCGCAGGCUCCGCGGCCGGACGGCGGUGAGCGAACUGAACAUCACGUACGUGGUGGAGCGCAGCCUCUACGGCCACCUCAACUGGGCCCAGCUGGUCCGGCCCGUCACCCUCAGCCGUGCCGAGCGCCGCUGCCUGUUGGAGGAGGACAGGGAGGCGGACAGGAAGUGGGCGGCCAGCGUGGACCGCUGCACCAAGCGCGUGCUCUUACGCAUCCAGCAGAAGUCUGUGAGUUCUACUGUACAGCAGGGCGGGGGCGGGCUAGGCAGCGCCUCCGCCUGGCCAGGCGGACCAAGGCACCUCCAAGGCUGCAGAGUAACCCUGAGGCUUAGAUACAGACAUAGGGUGGAUGAUGUUUCCUUCUUCUCUGCUUUAAUCCAGCAAGAAGGGUAGUUUAACAGAGACCUCCAUAAAGAAACAGAACAUUACACAAUCUUUAAAUAUGAAAGCUUUUGGCGUCUUAGUUCAUUUUAAUGUGAUAUGAAAUAGUAAUGGGGUGUUCCACUUAGGAGGUUAACAGUGGAUACCAGUGUAACAGCAGAGGAUGUAUAACUGGCAUUUGAAAAUGUCACCCAGCCCAAACCCUGUCGGGAGUCUGCUGAGUCAGAACAGACUGAAGAGACAGAGACACGGUUGUGGAAGAGACAGAGACACAGUUGUGUUGAGUCACUGCUCAGGGGCUGACAGACACACUUGACAGACACAUUCUCUCUCCUUUCUUCUUUCUAGCUUUCUCCAUCCUUUUCUAUCCCUCCCUCCUCUUAGCUUCUCUCUCCUCUGUGUGUCUGGGUUCAGUAGAAGGGGAACAGAGUGAUCUCUUUUCCAGCUCAGUGUGAAAGAAAAGGAAAAAGAUCUGGGACUGUGACAGUGGCCAUAAGCCCAGCUAGAUGGUCUGGACUGGCCAGGCCAAACAAGCCUCCACAUAUCAUUGAGACAGAUGUAAUGAUAAGGUUUGGUCAGUGUGUGAAAGUUUGAUCACAGGUCAAUACAAAUCUAGCAUGGAAGUUUUAGUGUUGAUAGUAGGAAUCCUACUGAAAGAGAAUUUAGAUCGACACAGUGAAGUUAAACAGAGAUAUUCUGCAGCCUUGAGGAAGCCUGAAUACUGGCUUUCACUUGUCAAUCAUUGGAUGUGGUUCUUCAUCCAUAGACAUUUUUAUUCAUUCCUUCAGUUCUCUUUUUUGGGGGGUUUUAUCUUUUUGAUCGUGCCUUCGUCGGCAUGGUUACUGUCAUGUGGAAGAUGGUUUUCUGAGUGCAUGACCAUUCCAUUGAAUAUAUCCACCAGCAUCGCUCCAUCUGUAGACUUCUUUUUGGACGCCUUCUCAAUUGCUUCUCUUCGCCACACUUUGGAACUGCGGGUAUGGACACGAUAGAGACGGGGGUCUCACACAUACCAUAAAACAAGGAUGAAACGAAACCUGGGACUGUUGUCGGAAACUGCUAGAGUAAAUUAGGAAUGCCCUGUAACGGGAAGAGCAGAUUUAAUUAGUAACGCUUCACUACCUGAGAUACUAUAUAUGGGGUGCUUUUGCUUCUUAGUACAAUUCUAACCCAAAGAGAGGCCUGGAGGUCAAAGCUAGUUCAAUUAUAAAACAACCUAUCAUUCUCCUCCGCAGUAACUUCCUCAUACCCUCAUGGCUGGUUCUAUCUUUAUCAAAUGGAGAGAGGAUCUAGAUAACCCCCUGCAUAUCCCUCAGUCUGAUACAUUAUAUUUUCUGUGAGAAGUUACCUCUCCUAACCUCCCCCCAAUCCUUCACUUUCUAUAACAUAACCCAGUGUAAAGGUAUUCAUAUCUCAAUGUGUGUGUUUCCAGAGAAACUACCUUUGUAAUUAAACCCAAGGGAGUGGUUGGGUUGGGCCAUAGUUUGUUAUAUUUCAGUGUGACCACAUCUAACCCAAUUAUUUCAUUUAAUUUCACUCUGUGCUUGCUUCCCAUUAAAGUAACGUAAACCUGCAGAAUAACAGUGACUCCCAUUCAAUUCUCCAUGGAUGAUCAAACACCUCGUUUAAGUUUGAUCACACAAUAACUAAUGUACAUUAUGUAAUAAACAGAAAUGCAUUUCAGUUUCACAUCACGUCACUUCUGUUGCCUGUCCCAUAUGAGGCCAUAACAUGACAUACACGUACAGCCAGGCGGUAACUCUCAAAAACCCAUAUAUAACAUACAGCCCUGAAUCAUCCUGCUGCCAUUAUGACUCCGCCAAGCAUGAAUCAUUGUGAUUUGACUCAUACUGGGCAUGGAUAAGAGUUGAUGUCAUUUGAAUAGAUUCUAAUUUAUUUUAAUUCUGUCUUUUGUUUAUUUUAAAUCUUUCCUACCUCUCUCUCUUUCUCUCUCUCUGACUCUCUCUUUCUCUCUGACUCUCUCUCGCUCUCUCUGACUCUCUCUUUCUCUCUCUCUCUGACUCUCUCUGUCUGACUCUCUUUCUCUCUGACUCUCUCUCUCUCUGACACUCUCUCUGACUCUUUCUCUUUGACUCUCUCUCUCUCUCUGACUCUCUCUCUGACUCUGACUCUCUCUCUCUCUGACUCUCUCUCUCCUUCCUCUCCCU